AUGCUCUACAACACGUCUGCUCUCUGUGCUCCAAAACUGCCAUCCAUCGGAUCUCCAAUAUCGGUCAUCAAGACCGGCGAUGUUGUUAGAGACUAUUUUAUCUGCGAUAAGGUGUAUCUUGGAAAAUUCGGUGUAGAGACAGUGUCGGAAAAAGUCGACGGCGGUGGCGCAUUCUCUCUUCAACUGUAUCCGACGAACAACGAAAUUUCCCGUGUAGCUGCAGAGAAGAAGGUUCUAUGCGGACAACUUCUGACCGGCUUCCGUCAUUGUACACAGUUCAAUGAACGCUUCUCAUUUGGAGAUUACUACGUGAUUGUUUCUGAUGAAAUGCUCUCGAUGGAAACUUAUAUGGAGGAGUAUAACGUCAAGAAGCUUAGCUCCGGUAACGUCUGGCCAUCGGGUGCGUUAUGCUCAAAGGUCUUCAUCAUAUUCAUCAACUGGGCGUUACGCAUAACAACUUGGCACCAUCGUCUUUGUUUUUUGAUACAAAUUUGA